ACAGGGAACACUGGGUUAACAGGAUUCCAAGGCUCUCCAGGACCCAAUGGGGCAACUGGCUUUCCAGGUCCAAUGGGAGCACCAGGACCAGCCGGCCCACAAGGUCAGAGAGGUGAUAGUGGACCCGCUGGACCUCCUGGAACUCAAGGAUCUCCAGUAGGACCAAUGGGACCAACAGGCGUUAAUGGCGAUACAGGUCAGCCAGGACCUGCUGGCCCUAUUGGACCAGCAGGAUUUCCAGGACCCAGUGGCCAGCCCGGAGGU